CUGUCACAGAGGGUAGAUCAGACCAGGCAAAGAAAUCAUUUGAUCGAUCCCCACAGUACUUGCUUUCCUCUCUGUAUGUAUAACUGUAGCAGUCCUCUUAAAUACUAGGGAAUUGGAUUUCACAUCAGUGGAAGGCAUUGUGCAUUGCCAAAAUUGUAAUCUAUUAGAAGUAGCUACUUUUGGAGAUCUUAUGCAAAAGGAAAGGACAGUUUCAAUUUACUUUGAAGUGAAAGAAGAACUAAAUCUAGUUUUUGCUAAUUACAUACACUUGGCAUCUUUCGAUGUGAGGGAGCUAACAUUGGUGAAUAUUUAUUUGAAGAAUCAUGUCUAGGAAAAACCUGGAAGAUUACUAGAGUAGUAAAUGUUUUACAUGCAAAGCAGGAUCUGCAUGUGAGUAUGUGGUUCUGCAUGCCUUCUGAGAACCAUUUUAGGUGACUGGCCGAGCUAAGGAAAUGUCGCUGUAAUCCUCAAACCACAGCCAGGCUGCUAGUACCAUGUCUGCUACUCAGAGGCGAGGCAGCAGCCACCUGUUCACCAGUUUGCACAUGUGUCAACAGGAGCUGUGGGAGAACCAGCAACAGCAAGAAAAAUCUGUCAUUGCUCAACCAACAUUUAUUUUUGACAAGGGAGAACAAACAUUUAAGAGACCUGCAGAAGACGCCCUGCACGAAGCAGCAGAACAUGAAUGUAAUGGAUUCUCAAGGAAGCGUGUGCGAUCUUCAUCUUUUUCUCUUCAUAACACAGAUUCUGCGUUCCGUGGAGUGUCAGCCUUGUCUCAGAAGUGCCUGAGAUCCACAUCCUUCACUGGCCUCCCAACCUUUCCCCCUUCUGGGCCAGUAAAAAAACCAAAUGUUUUUAUGACACCAACUCUAGUGCAAAGGAAUUUUUAUAUGAACAGCGCAGAACAAGGUCCUGUGAAACACUCUGAAUAUGUUCUAAGACCUGCUAUUUUGCAGCCCCCUCAAGCUCAAAGCUGUGAAAAUGUAAGAAAAAUAUUUCAGCACAGUGAAUUAGAAUCCUGCAAAAUUAACGAAAAUACAAAACAUAAGAUUUCUGAGGGGAACUCCAAUCUAUCAAGUGAAACUUCACCAACUUCCAGAAUUUCAGGCCAACAUUUUUUAGGUGCAACAUUAGUAGGAUGUUCACCAAAUGAAGAUAAAUAUGGUAGUAAAAGCUGCAGCUCCAACUUUGUUUUUGGAGAAAACAUGGUAGAAAGAGUUUUGGGCACUCAAAAAGCAGCCCAGCCUCAACUAGAAAAUGAUUCAGAUGCCAAGGAUAAAACAUUUAAAUCUAUUCUGAAAUUUCCUAUCAACUCUACAAAUUCAAGAACAGCCUCUAUUAAAAGUGGAUCUCUGAUUGAAUCAGCUGCUGCCUUCGCAUCCCAACCAUCACGAAAAUGCUUGCUGGAGAAAAUUGAUGUUGUAACAGGAGAGGAAGAAGAACACAAUGUGUUAAAGAUCAACUGCAAGCUUUUUAUACUCAACAAGGCAACACAAUCCUGGACUGAAAGGGGCAGAGGAACUCUGAGACUGAAUGACACAGCAAGCAGUGACUGUGGGACAUUGCAGUCAAGAUUAAUUAUGCGCAAUCAAGGCAGUUUAAGGCUGAUCCUCAACAGCAAACUGUGGGCUCAGAUGAAGAUUCAAAGAGCAAACCACAAAAAUUUACAAAUAACAGCUACUGAUUUCGAAGACUAUGGCAUCAAAAUAUUUUUAAUUCAGGCUGGUGCUAAAGAUACAGGAUAUCUUUACGCAGCAAUACAUCAUCGCAUUGUUGCCCUUCGAAGCUUUGAUAAUAAGCAGAAAGAUGUCAAUCAAGCUGAAAGCCAGUCAGAAAGAGUCCUCCAACAGUUGAACUAUGAAAGCUGCGAUGAAGAUGAGGAUGAUCUCAUCCAAGUCACUAAAAAUGGAUCAGAUCCUUCUAGGUGGACCCACGGCCAAUCAGUUGCUUGUUCAUGAGCACUACCUACUAUAAACAUGACGACAUCUACAAAAUGACUGGUCACCGUGUGGAAACAUCUUACCUUAAUGAGAAGAUACUAUUCAUUCCUUGAAGAAUUUUUAUAGAAAAGUUUAAGAAAUAUAGUUUUUGCCAUUUGAUUUUUUUCUUUUAUGUUUUACACUUUGAUUAUUGUAAGAAAAUGUCAAAAUUUAAUUCAUGAACUUCAGUAGGAUAAAAGAUAUCAUUCUUGAAGAAUUUAGAAUAGAAUUUGAUAAAUAACCUGGAUUAUUCAUCACAUUGAUGGAUAUAUUGCCUAAAUCUAUAAACUGCUGGAUUUGAUAAAUGUCUAAGCUUCUUUUCAGUCAUAUAUUGUUUGACUAAAAAAAACAAGUAUUUUACUAUAUUUUCAGUCACUUCUUUAAAAAGUACUAUAGUUAUGUGAUAACAUUUCAUUAAAUCAUGUUUAUCUUCUGGAAAAUAUAUAUUUUUACUUAACCUUUGGAUUUCCUAGUAACAUAAACGUAUAUUCAAGUAUGGAUUCCUGGCAACCUCCUUGGAUCCCCCUUCUUUCCUUCUCUUGAAUAGGUGUUUUCUUUCCCCCAAUAAAUAUAUUCUA